AUGUUCAUCACCACAAAAGCCCUCAUGCUCGCCAGCUUGGCAGCCUUGGUGCUAGCCCAAGGCCCGGACGCCACCAUAUCCCUCUACCAGGAUACGGCCUGUCAGACUCCUGUACCGGGCGCAGGCUAUACCGUCGUGUAUCCUCUAAGCUGCGAUACGGGCCCCUUCCAAACCGGCUGGUCCUCUGCUCGGAUUGUGAAUGAGUUGACCCAGGGCGGGACCAUUACAUUCUACACGGAAAACGAAUGCGGCUGUCCCACGUGUGGCUCGCAUGGGUACUCUGCGUCCGACAACGGGUGUCUGACGGAGUUUGGGUUCACGGCGAAUGCUGUCGGGUUCUACGUUUGA